AUGGAAGAAAAUAAAAUAAACGAAGCUGAUUCAACUUAUAAGAGAAUCAACGAAAGUGGUUCUAUGUUAGAGAGUAAUGAUAAGAAAGAAAAGAAAAAUACUUCUAUAAAAAGUAAUGAAAACAAAAGUGAAAGUGAAAUUACUGAAAAGAAGGAAGUGAAGGAAGUGAACCCCGAAAUCGAAGAUAAAUUAAACAUUGAUGAUGUUUCUAAGCAUACUGUUCUUGAUUCGUCAUCUAAAAAAGCUAUAUUUACUGAAAUUAAACAAAAACUAGAAAAACAUAAGCAUGAGUAUUUCGAAAAAAAUAUAAAAUCUGAAUUCAGUGUGGUUGAUGGGGCUGUAAGCUCGAAAAAGGAACCCCCGAAAACGCUUAAAAUUGAAGGGACAACAUUAACAUCCGAUGAAUUAUCAGCUAAUCAGCAGGAUACGCCACCACUUUUAAGAAAAAUAAACGACGACAAAGGUAAUGAUAAUGACCCCCAGGAUGCUACUGAUUUAGAAAGUAGCGAAGGAAGUAGUCCAAAUUUUCCCAGCAGUGAAUCAUCUCCAUAUACAUCUGACUUGAAUUCUCGAACAAAGGAGUCAUCCUCUCCAAAAUCGGAUAAUACAGAAUUAGCGAUAAGUUUUGAUGAACCAGCUCAAAUUGAAACAUUGGCAUCAAUUACUUCCAAGAGCCGAGUACGAAUCCAAUCGAAACGCCGGCCACAGAGUCGCUACGCACGACAGACGGCCCUACGUCAUAGUGGCAUAGAUUUCGAUAUCACCGAUACCACUAGCAAUAGUAUCUCGUCCGAUCAAUUAAUAAGUGACUCCGAUCCAAAUUCAAUCACCGAACGAUACGUCUUUAAAGGAUGUUUCGACGGUGAAAAAACCAAUCCACAUGAUUCUGGACAUGUAGACGACAAAUCAGACUUGAGCAUUUCCAGAAAUACAGUUACAAAUCUCUUUUCACCAUCCACUGAUGAAGAAGACCUUUUUGAUGUACCACCUGAUUUGCCAGAGGAUUCGGCAACCAAAGAAGAUUCACUGUUUGGUAGAGCGCCAAUUUUAUCUCCCGUUGCUAAUCUUCAAACAGGGAAAUUCACAGAUAUAGAAAACAGUCUACAUAGAAGCUUAGAAAAUCAAACGGAAAAGGAAGUAAAGAAUAAUAAUAAUAAUAAAGAAGAAAAAAUUGAAUCUACUGAUCCUUUAAGAGAUGAAAGCCAUGAUCCUCUCGAAGAUCCGAGUCAACUAUUUGCUUUCGUUACUAAAACGCCGUCACCUGAUAAAAAUAAAGGUAUACUAUUAAAGAAAGAAGACGAUAGCCUUUUUUCAAGUUCAUCUAAGCUACUUGACAAAGUAGCAGAUCCAAAAUCGAAAUCAGCAUUAGACUUGUUUGUUGACGACGAUGAUACAAGUGAUGGUGCAAUUUCCGAGGAUGAUGAUAAUGAUCUUUUUAAAUAUAUAAAGAAAUCAAGUGAUACGACCAAAAGUGAAUCUAAAUUAUCCACUUCAAGUGGGACUGUGAAAAAGAAUGAGAACACAUCUUUAAAGAGUAACAAAACUAAGAAUAUUUUUGAUAACUCUAGUGACGACGAGGAUAUAUUUACAAGUAUUAAGAAACCAAUGAAAAAGAAAACGCAGUCACUAUUUGAAGAUGGAGAUAAUUUCGAUGAUAAUAUAUUUGGAAACCCAACAUCAUCUUCAGCAAUUGAUAAACAACCAUUAGUAGAAAGUGAAAAAGUCAUGGCAAAAAAAUCAGUUACGAAGGAUUUAAAAAAAACUGCCAAAAAGAUUGUUGAAGAUCCCUUAAGUGUUCUGCGAAAUGAUUAA